AUGACAUCGGAGGAAGCCGUAGAAUGCACAGACGCGCUGGAACUUGUCCGCUGUCCUUCCAGCAACGCACGUGUGGUACCCAACAGAUUUGAUGAGGAAUAUAUUCGGGGGCGCCUGCAGGAGGCAGAAAAGAUAUUUGAAAAAGCUAAAACGGAUGUGUCGCGGGGGCUUUCGAAAUGCGAGGAUUGGUUGGGUGCCUGUGAAGCUUUCAAUGAGGCGGGUGGACUCUUCGCAAGUUGUGGUCACCCCGCUGAAGCGGCACGUGCCUUCUUUCACGCGAGUAUCAUCACGCGGGCUUUCAAAGACGAGGAAGAAACAACCACUGCCCUCUCACUGGCUGUGGAGAACAUGCAGUUGGUGGAACCUCUUCUGGCUGUGAACUUAAUGCAAAAGAUUUCCGAGACUCUAAAGAAAGGGGGAUUCUUCUUUCAAGCCGCCCGCUGCAAGCGUGAUUCGGCACUUCUACUGGAGGAUCGCCUUGGUGAACCCGAACGGGCGAUUGAGUUGUACAGGGAAGCCAUUGAACUUUACGGCAACAGGAGUUUUAUGUCCUCCUUUAGCCGUGGCUGCAUGGAGCGCAUCACCACCUUGACGGUAGAGCUAAAGAAAUACACGGAGGCAUCCAAACUGUUCGUUGAAGAAACGGCAUAUGCCCCGCGUGGUCGGCCAAAGACUCGACAAUUCUUCCUUUCACUCUUAUGUAUGUUGGCUGAAGGAUUUGGUGACAAUGACCGUUACUUUGACUCCCUAUACUACGCACGUAAGCGGUUUCAUGCUCUACAGGAGGAGGAACGGGAUUUUCAGCACGGGAAGGAAAACAGACUGGUCCGUAAAAUCAUUGAAGCAAAUGACAACGGCUCCUUGACAGCUUUUGACACGGCGGUAUAUGAAUACCGUUCCUCUUCCACGUAUGUACCGGAUGCGGUGUUUGAGAAUCUUAUUGAAAGAUGCCGCAAAAACUUGUAUGAGCAUUUGGAGCAAUACAUUUAA